AUGGCGCCCCCCGCGACGCCCGACGACCCCCACGCGCUGUACCGCGGCGUCCCCCCACGCGUCGCCAAAGUGCGCGCCAUCUCGUCGUCUGACCGCCUCUUGCGGCCCACGCAGGCGUCGCUCGCAGCCUCCCGAACAAAAGUACUGACGGGCAAAGACAAAGCGCGGGCCGACGCGCGCGAGCAGGCGCAGAAACGGCGUCGACUGGCGCGCGUGGCGAAGGAAAACGGCCGUCUGACGGUCCCCCAGUCGCCCAAGUUCCGCUCGCUGAAGACGGCGACGCCGCGUUCGCGGGCCGAUCUGUUGACGCGCACGUCGCGGGAGCUCCUGGAGAUCGCAGCGAUCCGCAAACGAGUGCAGGCGCAGAAGCGCAAGACGCAGAGGUACCACGACGCGACGACGCACAGCGCUGCGCCCGGCAAGAGCGACCAGUUCUCGAGAGCGCUGUCGGCCAGCGGCGGCGUCGGCGUCCCAGCGGUUCGACGGCCAAAGCUCACGACGCCAGUGGGCUUUGCAUUUGAGAUUGACAAGCGCGCAGCUCGAGCUGAAGCGCGCAGGAGCUUGAAGCGGAAGAGCGGCGACGUGCGGUCGUCGUCGUCGUCGUCGUCACGGGUGAAGGAGCGCAAGGGAGAGCAGGUGGACGAGCACAAGAGAGAGCAGGUGGACGAGCGCAAGAAAGAGCAGGUGGACGAGAAGGUGAAUGUCAUUGGUGUUGUCGAGGAGGAGGAGGAGGAGGAGGAGAGUGAGGACGUUGACAAGGAGAGACGUAAACGGCGUCGACUGUCGACGGUAGCAGCGUAG